AAAAACCCAUCCCACACUAGUCCAAGUUUGUUCCUCUCUGUUGUUCCUUUGCUAAUUUACACUUAUAGCACUUAGCUAUGGCGGAUACCAACUCCAAAGAAAUACUCCAUGAUUUCUCUCCUAUGAUCAAAGUAUACAAAGAUGGCAGCGUGGAAAGAUUGCUUGGGAACAAUAUUGUUCCCGCAUCAGUAGAUCCCGAAACCGGAGUUCAAUCCAAAGAUGUCAAACUAUCUCAACAACCCGAAGUCUCUGCUCGGGUUUACCUCCCCGGAAACCCCGAACCCGGCCGGAAACUUCCUCUCCUGGUGUACUACCACGGCGGAGGCUUCUUCAUUGAGUCCGCCUUCUCUGCUACUUACCACACUCAUCUUAACGCCGUGGUGGCAGAGGCUAAUGUGAUUGCAGUUUCGGUUGAAUAUCGUCUUGCCCCGGAGCACCCUCUUCCCGCAGCUUAUGAAGAUUCGUGGAUUGCUCUCAAAUGGGUUGCUUCUCAUUAUAACGGCGGUGGCCCGGAAGAAUGGCUAAACAAGUACGCUGAUUUUGAUCGGGUUUUUUUGGGUGGAGAUAGCGCCGGCGGCAAUUUGGCACAUAACAUGUGUUUGAAGUUAGGACUGGAGGAAUUGGAUGGGUUAAGCCUUCAAGUGGAAGGGAUUUUUCUUAAUUGUCCUUACUUUUGGGGGAAAGAACCAAUUGGGGGCGAAAUCACGGCGCCGUGGAAGGCAUUUAUUGAUAGUCUUUGGUGUUUUGCCUACCCGAAUUCUGAAGGGCUCGAUGAUCCAUUGCUGAAUGUGGUGAAGGAAUCGAAGCUCUCGAGCCUAGGCUGCAAAAGGUUGCUGGUUUAUGUGGCUGAGCUAGAUCUUCUGAAACACAGGGGAUGGCAAUACAAGGAAGAACUGGAGAAGAUUGGGUGGAGUGGUGAAAUCGAAAUUGUGGAAGUUGAAGGGGAACAACAUGUUUUCAAUCUGUUCUUUCCCAGGGCUGAGAAAUCUGUGUCUCUGGUGAAAAAAUUGGCUUCUUUCAUCAAUCGGACUUCUCAGUAAACAUUAUCGAUCUCGAUCCACCGGAAUAAAUGUUUCUGUUAUGAAGUCCAUUUGUAUUCAAUGUACCGAUUUUAAUUCAUUUUCACAGUUUGAGUGUUGCUAAUAGAAUGGUUUUUGAGCUGCCAAGAAAGCAUCUGUUUUGCCUUUCCAUUUCGGAAUGAUGUGUUGAUUAAUUAACCGUCGUAGGAAUUUCCGUUUAUAGGCGGAAGUUGCUAGUGUUUUUUUCUUUUUUCUUCCUCCACAAAACUGAACUUGACCGUCGUAGGAAACUUUGCAAAGAGCAGUUAAGUGUGUA